AUACUAGCAAAAAAAGAUUCAGCUUUCCACGCCCUAUUUUUCCGGGCACCACGCUUCGGUUCCGGCCAUUGCCGGUCUUCGAAGUUAUGAUGUGACGUUGUUUUGCCCGGCCGGAUAUUCGACUCGCAUACAAUUCCCUCAAGUUCGGGGGUGGAAUCAACCAGGAGCCUGAGCGUUUCAACACGCAUGUGGUUGCGAGUGCCUUUCGGAGAUCAAAAGGGGUCCACUGUGACAGUUGGCCUUUUCAACUUUUUUGAAAUACGGAGCAAGUUGUCAACGUCUUUUAUACUUUUUGGACAUUCGCUUAUGGACAUGCAACAUUUCGGUAUUUCGGCCGCUGAUAUCAAUCACGGUUGUACUUACCGUCCAGUGGACAGAAAAUAUAACGAAAUGGAUGCUUUUGACUUUGAAUACAUUGGGCAAACGGUUUACGACUUGGCCGAGUCUGACACCGAACUUGGUCCGAGGAUAAAAGAGGCAUUGUCAGUUAUUGAAAAGGCAUAUCAAACUUAUGGAUUCUCUGCUGUUUCGCUUUCUUUCAAUGGCGGUAAAGAUUGCACCGUUCUUUUGCACUUGGUUGCUGCUGUUAUUUCACGUUUAGAAACGGACAACAAACUGUUACGUACAGUUUUCGUUACUUACCCGAAUCCCUUCCCGCAUGUCGAUGCCUUUGUGAAAGCUUGCGCAUCUCGAUACAGGCUUGACUGUGUCUCUAUUCCCGGACCAAUGCGACCAGCUUUACAAGAAUUCCUUAAUUUAUCAGACCCCAAACCAAAAGCGAUAUUUGUUGGCAUUCGCCGGACGGAUCCAUAUGCUGAAAAUUUGACGCAUUUUGACAAAACUGACGAGGGCUGGCCCGAGUUUAUGCGCGUUCAUCCUAUCAUCAAUUGGCACUACAAAGAUGUAUGGGAUUUUUUGAUCAAACUAAAAGUGCCUUAUUGCUCGCUUUAUGAUCAGGGGUAAGCGGAGAUUGAUCCUCGUCUAUCGGAUCAAGACAGUCGUAUUCAUUUCAAGUUAGGUAUACAUCUUUGGGCAGUAUGGAGAAUACACAUCCAAAUCCGGAUCUGCAAAAGAGAGAUGAUGACAAUGGAUAUUUCCCUGCAUAUCAACUACUUAACGAAGCACAUGAACGCUGUGGAAGGAUAGGCACUUCCAAACGAUAAAUUUUGGCUCGAUGCGAUAUGGAUGGAUACCACAGGGGAAUAAAUUGUUUGUCACUAUCAAUCAUCUACCGGCAGCAAGAAGAUGAUUUCUUUGUGAAAUCUAAUAUGAUAUGAUAUAAAUAAGGGUGCUUCUUCAAUUGACGGACAGAAUCAAAUCAACAAGACGAGGUUGCACAAAGAUCCUCGUUUUGUAGAUAGGCAAAGCGUACAAAGACAAUCUGCUGGCCUUUUUUAAAUAAAUAUGGCAGUUGAACGUGGGAAUUCCCAAGUA